AUGACACUGACGAACAUUGUCGAGGCGGAGAAUAAGAACAUGUCGGCGGACAACACCCACGUCGAAGCUGUGGCUUCGAGCGACCACGAGAAGGGCGACCAUGCGCUGCGCAUGCUCGACGACAACAUCCAUCUCCAGGAGGCUCUCGACCCGGAUCAUGCGAUCGAUCUGGCCGAGGAGAAGAGGAUUCGGCGCAAGGUUGACUUUCGACUAUUGCCCUUGUGCGGAAUCGUCUAUGCCAUCUCGCUCGUCGAUCGACUCAAUCUGCCCAACGCCCGCCUCGCUGGCAUGGACCAGGCCCUGGGCAUCUCCAUCGGCAACCGCUACUCCAUCAUCACCAUGAUCUUCUUCAUCGGCUACAUCCUCUUCGACUUCCCGUCCAACCUGAUCAUGCGCAAGGUCGGCGCCGCCACCUUCAUGGGCGUCAUCAGCUUCUGCUGGGGCGUCGUCACCAUCGGCAUGGGCUUCUCCAAGACCUGGGGGACUCUGCUCGCGUGCCGCAUCAUCUUUGGUGCCUUUGAAGGCGGACUUUUCCCUGGAAUCGUCUUCCUGUUGUCGUGUUGGUACAAGAGGGACGAGGUCCAGGUGCGUUUCAGCGCCAUCUACGGCUGUGGCCUGCUGGUGUCCGGGCUGGCCAACUUGAUCGCCUACGGACUGUCCAAGAUGGACGGCCUCGGAGGAGUCCCUGGUUGGUCUUGGAUCUUCAUCAUGGAGGGAAUCGUGACCGUCGUCAUUGCCGUCCUCGUCCUCCUCUUCCUGCUCGAUUUCCCGGACAGGGCAGCUCGCCCGUCUCUCUUGGGGUUCCGAUCCUUUCUGACCCCGGACGAAGCGGCUAUCGUCCUGGCUCGCAUUGAACGAGAUCGUGGUGACGCCGUGCCCGAGAGAUUCACCCCGAGAGUCAUCUUCUCCCACCUCAAGGACUGGAGGGUCUGGGAGUUUUGUCUGCUUCUCAUGUGCAACAACACCGUGGCAUACGCUUUUGCCUACUUUUUGCCUUUGAUCCUCAAUGGCGGCUUCGGCUAUUCACUCCUCAAGACCUACAUACUGAUAUUCCCCCCUUAUGUGUUGGCGGUCAUUUGGAUGUACAUUGCGGCCUACAUUGGCGACCGCUGGAUGACUCGAGGGCCGAUCAUCCUCUUUAAUGCCGUGGUGACCAUCACGGGUGUUGUCAUUAUUGGCUACGCCAAAAACCCCAGCGUUCGGUAUUUCGGCGUCUUCCUGGGCCUGCCGUCCUACAACGCCAGCAUUCCCGCCAUCUUCAGCUACCAGCACAAUAACAUUGUCGGCCAGGCGCGGCGCGCCAUCGCGUCGGCAGUCAUGCUUGCAGGCGCUGGUAUCGGCGGCAUCAUCGCAUCCAACGCCUUUCAACAAAAGGAUGCCCCGCAAUACAGGCCGGGGCUCGACACGAUCAUCGCCGUGCAAGCACUGACCAUUGUGUUGAUCUGCAAGAACUUUUUCCUCUACACGCGUGCAAACCGCAAGGCCGACAGGGGCGAGAUCAUCAUCGAGGGGAGACCGGGAUUCCGGUAUACCCUGUAG